AUGGGUGUCCUCGCGCUGGUGAACCACUUCGGCACCUUUUUGCUGUUCUUGGCAAUGGUGCUCCUCAUCGUGUCGUCCAUCACGGCACCCACCGUCAACUCCCUCUCACUCUUCUCCGUCAACCUCGGCAGUGACUCGGGUGACAUAUCGUUCGGUACAUUUGGAUACUGCGUCCACGACGUUCGCGGCCGCGGCUGCUCCCGCACCAGCAUCGGCUACUCGCCGACCUCGAUCCUGAGGGAGGUUGACGGCACCGACUUUUCCGACUGGACCGAGAGCACCUCCAAGGCCCUGACCAACGUCAUGAUCCUGCACCCCAUCGGCGCGGGCAUCGCCUUUGUCGGCUUCGCCCUGUCCCUGGGCUCGAGCUUCUUCGGCUCCUUCCUGUCGUCCCUCGUCGCCGGCAUCACCUUUGUCGUGACCGUCGCCGCCCUCGCCUGCGACUUUGUCUGGAUGGACCUCGUGCGCCGCCGCAUCAACCGCCGCGACAACGGCGGCAACCCCGACAGCCACGCCUACUACGACGCCGCCCUCUGGUGCGUCCUCGCGUCGGCCAUCUGCUCCCUCCUCGCCACCAUCAUCCUCUUCUUCACCUGCUGCACCGGCCGCGUCAACCGCAAGCGCGCCGAGCGCCGCAAGGCCGACUACCACUCGCCCCCUGCCGUCGCCCACACCCGCCAUCACUGGUGGCAGCGCCGCUGA